AUGCAUAUCUCCAGCCUUGUUAUCGGCUUCGUCUCAGCUACCCUCGUAGCGGGUGAAUGCAAGCCAUAUCCGCCAUCUAUGGUCGAGUACUCGUACGGAUUUGAGGAACCACUGCCCCCCAAGGUUAAAUUCGAGUUCCAGACGCACUUUGUCCAGCACAAAUGGGAUGCGAACAAGACCAGUCACAUCGGAGUUGGCUACAUGUACAACUCCCCCAAGAAACAACGCGUCCGCGUUGAUUCAGGCAACGAAUUUGCCCUCGCGUCAUCCAUCUUUGACUUUAAGAACAAAACAACAGUGGGCGGGUUAGAGCUGGUCAACAACAUAUUUACCAAUGUUUUCGAUCCAAAGAACCCGAGCGUGUGGGAAGGCUACUCGAAUUCGAAUUAUCCCCUCAUCGAAAGCGAUUUUCUCACCAAGCGCGAGGCAGUGUUUGUGGGGUUAGUUGAGAGACCGUUUCUUACGGAAAAGGUUUCCUCGUGGAGCCUGAUGUACCCAGGAGAGGUUGCUUUGACUGUUUUCGUGGAUAAAUGUGGUGCUGUCGUGGGCUAUGAUUAUUUCAGUCCCUAUUUAAGGACUCGGGUGACUACUUCAUUUUUCAACACGCACUUUGGAGAAGUCGACUUUUAA